GAAAGAAACAGAUGCGACGCGGCUUCAAUCCACCAGUCCGUCCGCUCACCUAGAAACCGAGCCAACUCCCACAUUCAUUUCGCUCCCCACGCGUACGAACUCGCAGAUCGGAGAGAGACCGAGGCGGCCGCGGACUUGCUUCCCCUCUUCCUUCCUCCCCUCUUUCGCGCGAGAAGUUUCUAGAGUGUUCGAGCCGAGGGGGUUCCGAUGGCGCUGCAGUGGAUGAUCCUGGCGUGCGUGGUGGCGGUGGAGGCGGCGGUAGCCGCGCUGGUCACGCUCCCGGCGCCCCGCGCCGUGCGGGGCCAGAUCGUCGGGCUCACGUCCUUGCUCCUGCAGCCGCUCGCCAGCGUGAUACCCUUCGCUGCCUUCCAGCUCCUCGAUAUCUACUGGAAGAAGGAGCACAGGCUGAUGUGCACCUCGGAGAUUUGCACAGCCGAGGAGCGCAUCCGUUUUGAGAAAUCGAUGUUCAAAGCCCAGAGGAAUGUCAUAUUAUGUGUUUCAGCAUGCCUCCUUUAUUGGUGCAUUUAUCGCAUUGUCAAGUACAACAAGGAUAUUAAAGCAUUGGAAGAGACUGAGAAGCGCCUCAAGGAAGACUAGAUUUAUUGUAUUUCAAGGUGGAUCUUGUGGUCUUCGUGGCCUUCAGAAGAUGUGAUAAGAUCAUAGUUCCGUAGGAUUCCUGGUGUAUAGUGUCCUCCUUGGAGCAAAGAAGAGAAUAUCAAGCUGUUUCAGCACACAUCUUCAGUAUCAGUGUUAUUUGGUCGUUUUUAACUUAUGACGAUGGUCACAGCGGGCAUUUCUAGCAUCGCUUGUUUAUCAACAGUUCAAACAUUUUCGAGAAGUUGUCUGAACAUCCGUAAACCGGCCUUUUCUUGGUCUUGCAUGUUGAAUUAGUCUGGUAUUUGUUUAAAAUUGUAUUUAGAUACGAAGACCUUGAAACUUACUCCUAUUUUGUUGUCAAAGUUUCCAGCAGUUGAACUAA